UUUAUGUAAUUAUGUCUUUCAAACGAGAAAAUACUUUAGUUAAUCAUAUAUUUUCGUUGUUUUUUUUUUUUUUACAUUAAGCUAGCUGGCGUCUCAUAAAGGCCCAGUUUACGCCGCUCUUUUGUUACGAUAUUAUAACUUUCACGUGGAUUAUCGGCGUCUAGAUCGUCGAAAUGUAGUAUGAAUUGGAUAAAAAAUGAUUUGUGUUCUGUGCUCAUAACUACACUCAUAAAACCGCAGCAGUCAAACUGCAAAAAUGGAGCAGUACACUACCACCACGACAACUAGUGGAGAGCAGAUAGUAGUGCAGACCAGCAGCGGACAGAUUCAACAACAGGGCACAGUGACUGCGGUCCAGUUGCAGACUGAGCCUCAGGUAGGCCAGACUGCAGCCCAGCAGGUCCUACAGGUAGUCCAAGGUCAGCAGCUUAUGGUACAAGUCAGUGGGGGUCAGCUCAUCACCUCCUCUGGGCAGCCCAUAAUGGUACAGGCCAUGACAGGAGGGCAGGGUCAAACCAUCAUGCAGGUACCGGUAACUGGGACACAAGGGCUGCAGCAGAUUCAGUUGUUACAGCCAGGACAGAUCCAGCUACCAGGUGGACAGACUUUACAGCUACAGGGUCAGCAAGGACAGACCCAACAGAUCAUCAUCCAACAGCCACAGACUGCGGUCACGGCAGGACAGAACCAGGGUCAGCAGCAGAUCACUUUACAGGGACAGCAAGUGGCUCAAACAGCAGAAGGACAGACUAUCGUUUACCAGCCAGUCAAUGCUGAUGGAACCAUCCUGCAGCAGGGAAUGAUCACGAUUCCAGCUUCCUCUUUAGCAGGAGCCCAGUUAGUCUCGGCUGGAUCCAACACAAACACAACUAACACUGGUCAGGGCACAGUGACGGUCACUCUCCCCAUGGCAGGAAACAUGGUCAACGCUGGAGGAAUGGUCAUGAUGGUCCCAGGUAGUGGAGCGUCAGUUCCUGCCAUGCAGCGUAUCCCUCUUCCUGGUGCAGAAAUGCUGGAGGAGGAGCCUUUGUACGUCAACGCUAAACAAUAUCACAGAAUCCUCAAGAGGAGACAAGCCCGUGCCAAACUAGAGGCAGAGGGCAAGAUACCCAAAGAGAGAAGAAAAUACCUUCAUGAGUCCCGUCAUCGUCACGCCAUGGCCAGGAAACGUGGGGAUGGUGGGCGCUUCUUCUCUCCAAAGGAAAAGGAGGAAAUGGCUAUGCAGGCCUUCAAGGUGAGCGAGGGGCUCGAGCUCAGCUCUCAUUGGCCAGCCACCUCUGCCCCGCCUCUGGGGUAACCUAGUGACAGGUUUUUCAUCCAAUUCCAGCCUGUAACUCAACUGAGAGACUGAAAUCACAGUAUACAACUAAUUUAAUUUACACCCAUCAAUACACUGUGGCACUGUGUCCAAGCUACCUCAUGUGUCUGUUCCAUACUCAUGGUUGAACUGUGUCUGUAUGUGAGUUUAUUGACCUUUCCAACAAAUUACACUGAACAUACAUACAUAUCUUAGUAUAUAUGUUCUCAUCUGUGAUGUACACAAAUGCAUUGUAAAAGUCGGUCCCCAUGUUUGUAACUGCAAUGCUGCCUUGUAACUUUUUAAUUAUUAAGGUAUAGUUUGACGUUUUGGUUAUUUUACUACUUACACAGAGCCCAUAAUUACCUUUGUAUGCAACUUAAAAGGAUAGUCCAUUUAAAAAUGACAUUUAUGUCAUCAUUUACUCACCCUUAUGAUGUUCCAAACCCUGAUGACUUACUUUCUUCUGUUGAACACAAAAGGAAAAGUUAGGCAUUCACUGUCAUACAACAAUAGUGAAUGGUAACUGAGGCUGUCAUUCUGCUUAACAUCUCCUUUUGUAUUCUAUGGAAGAAAGUCAUACAAGUUUGGAGCAACAUGAAUGUGAGUAAAUGAUGAAAGAAUUUUAUUUUUGGGUGAACUAGCCCUUGAAAGAUAAAACUCAUGUUGGACCACUUCUAAAUAUCUAGAAAUUUAAAGAAAUGCCCCCCCCAUAAAAAAACAACAAAAAAAUCAGAUGUAAAUAUGGGUGAUUAACAUUGUGAGGGUAAAAUUUGCUCAAGAUUUCUUUUCUAAAAUGUGUGACUGCUACUUUGGCUUUUUGGUUCUGCCUGCAUUUCUUCUGUUUGUCCUACCAUGCUGUAUAUUUCUAGCCAAACUGCUUUUGUUACUCACUGGAUGCUGAGAUGUAUUAAGCUUUGUGUUUGUUUGUCCUCUUUAGUCUUACUCAUGUGAAUUGCCAGUCAAAAUAAAUAUAGGUUUGUAGGAUUUGUUUUAAUUUGUGAUGUAUGGUUUGGCUUUAACCCUUCAAUGCUCUUCUGUCAUUGUCCAGAGCUGUUACUUUGUUAUUGCUUCUACCAUUUUAUGUUUCUUCUAUAGCGGGCUGUAUGUGGGCUCUUGUUUACUUUUACAUUGCAUUUAUUUUUGUUACUUGGUGAGGUAUGCCCUUUUUAUGCAAAUAAACCAUUGUUCUCAAUUUAUACAUGAUCAGUUUUUUACACUACAGUUGCGGCCAAAAAUAUUGGCACCCUUGGUAAAUAUGAGCAAAGAAGGCUUUGAAAAAUGUCUUUAUUGUUUAUCCUUUAGAUCUUUCAUUCAAAAUAUUCACAAAAAAAAAUCUAUCCUCUAAUGGAUAUCAAACAAUUACAUACAGUGCAUCCGGAAAGUAUUCACAGCACUUCACUUUUUGUUAUGUUACAGCCUUAUUCCAAAAUAGAUUAAAUUCAUUAUUUUCCUCAAUUCUACAAAUAAUACCCCAUAAUGACAACGUGAAAGAAGUUUGUUUGAAAUCUUUGCAAAUUUAUUAAAAAUAAAAAACGAAAAAAUGAAAUAAAAAAAUAAAUAAAAAAAAUCACAUGUACAUAAGUAUUCACAGCCUUUGAUCAAUACUUUGUUGAAGCACCUUUGGCACCAAUUACAGCCUCAAGUCUUUUUGA